AGGCGCACAUACUCAGAGUGCACAAUGCACCAGAAGGUGAAUCAACGUAUGCGUGUUCCUAUUGUUCCUGCGUCUUUAAGAGGCUGGGCAGUUUAAAUGGACACAUAAAGCGAAUGCAUUCUGUUACCUCGGAGGAAUUCAGCGCAAAAUCCUCGGAAGCUAAUCGUAUCUCGUCGGAAGCUGAAAUGCGUGCGACCGUCGACAGUGUUAUAUCACAAUUGGCAUCUUUGGAAUCCGUUGUGAAUAAUACUGCAGAUUCCACAAGAACUACGACCUUAAGUGCGGAGCAGAAUGAUAUUUUGCAACAGGCAUUAAAAAACAGCGGUUUACCGAAUAAAAACGAUGUCGUUUCGAAAGAACCAAAGAAAACUGAUUCAUCAACGUCGUAUGUCACGCUAGUAGACAGAACUGCUGGUGGUACUUCGAG